AUAAAAAUCGAAUGCGUCAUGUAGUUAUUCGAAAUAAAUUCUUUAUAUUAUAGUAUAUCUUUAUAUUGAGCACAUUUUAUAGCAAACAUUUCUGUUACGCACAAAUAUACUGCACGUUUUAUUAUAUAUGAAAUUUUAACGAUUAUUAUGUAUUUCUAAUAAAUAUCAUAAUUUUUAUACCAGCAAAUGAUUCUGGCCAUAAUUUACCUUACGAGCAAAUUAUUAUAGUAGCCUUUUAGUUCCUACCAAAUAAUUGGUCUAUUUAACCUUACGAUUAUUCUUAUCAGAUGUUUCAUUUAGUGGCAAAUGAUCUUUGACAAGCACUUUAUUUUACUGGCAAAUACUUGUCAGCUUGUCGUUCAGAUGGCAAAUAAUCGUUAUAUCUCUCUAGCCUGGUAUUUGGAACGGUUACUCUUAUAAUAACAAAGGAUAUGUACCUGAAAAGAAUUUUGUAGUAUUGUUACAAGUACUUAGCAAAGCUUCGAGCGAUUUGUAUUCACAUAUCUUUGUACCCUAUUCAUAAAACACAUUGAUAAAUUUUUUUUAUUAUUAUAUAAUUUGUACUUUACAAUUUGUCCAGCUGGACAUUUGGUAAAUUUUUCUAACUUAGUUGCUAAAUAAUAUAUGGAUGGCUACCCCCCGCGAGAUUUCCAUCUUCGAGUAUUGAUAAAGUAUAGUUAUAAACAGUAUAAAUAAAUAUUGAUAAAUAUUUCGUACAAUAUAUAAUAUACUAAACAAAUAUAAUAUACAAAUCUGUAAACCGACAAUCUCUGUUAAGAUUUAUAUGGUAUCCUUGAUAUGAUAUAUUAAGAUAUAGACGCCAGAACAAUAUAUUUAUCCUCCAAACAUAUAUUGUCAUUACACAUAGCAAUAGUUAAAAAUACUAGCGAUAUGAGACGGUAAUUCAGUGAUAAUGGGUACUAUUUUAAAAUUAUAAUGUAUACCGAUAUCGCACCAUCAGUGUAUAAAUUACGUAAAAUGACGAUAACUUGGAGACGUCCCUUUUAAUAGACCCGUAACCGCGACCUGCAUCAAUUCGUCUCGACACGAGGAGGAUGAAGCAUCACCUCUCUAGUCUGUUGCUCGUUCUGUGCGUCUUGUACAUCGCGAAACAGGCGGGAUGUUACAAGAUUCUAGCCAUCGUUCCGACACCAUCUUACAGUCAUCAAAUACCGUACCGACGAUUAUGGCUGGAACUACACAAACGAGGUCAUGAAGUUGUGCUAGUCACGGCAGAUCCUAUACCAAAUAUCAAAUCACCGAAUUUUACGCAAAUCGAUAUUAGCCAAUCUUACGGAACCAUAAAGAGUUUAGAUUUUGUUCAAAUGCGGUUUGAGGGGAAACGCUGGUUGCAUAUUGUGGAAGAAGAAAUGUUGCCUAUAGUCGAAGUUUUUGCGGAAACGAUGCUCAAUGCUACAGAACUGCGGAAGCUAUAUGCUCCAGAGAGCAACGCAACGUUCGAUGUCUUCCUGACGGAAUUCCUCUGCACGCCCUCCACUUACGCUUUCGCACAUCGAUUCAAUGUUCCUAUGAUAGGGUUAAGUUCAUUUGGGUUAAUCGCCAUUAACGAACACGCUCUUGGUGGAUUGGUUCUCCCUUCUCACGAGUACACGUGGGAAAUGGAAGACAACACGGGUACGAAUCUGCCGUUCUUGAAGAGAUUGUGCAAUUUCAUUAACAUGUGGCAUACCGUAUACGACAUCUAUCACGAGCUCAUUCCUCAGCAACAGAAAUUGGCCGAGAAAUAUUUUGGGCCUGUGCCACCAUUGCUAGACUUACUGAAGAACGUUAGCUUGGUUUUUAUCAAUCAGGCUGAUGUUAUGAUAGCGGCUCGACCGAAACUUGCGAACAUAAUCACGUUUACAACCACCCACAUAGAAAAGAAGCUGACAGCUCUGCCUAAGGACUUACAAGCAUUUCUGGAUGGCGCAACAAAUGGGUUCAUCUACUUUAGUCUUGGUAGUAACGCAAGAAGUGCAAGUUUACCACCGGAGAUCCGACGCGUGUUCUGCGAUGUGUUCGCCACGAUGCCGUAUAGAGUUGUCUGGAAAUUCGAGGAGGAUUUUGCCGGGAAACCUGAUAAUGUUUACGUCGGAAAAUGGCUACCACAACAAACCAUUCUCGCUCAUCCGAACAUUAAAUUGUUCAUUUAUCAAGGAGGCCUGCAGAGUAGCGAGGAGACCGUCCACUAUGGCGUACCAGUUCUUGGUUUCGCGAUUUUUGGCGAUCAAGAUUAUCAAGUAACCAGAAUGGAAGCUCUGGGCAUAGGAAAAUAUUUGGAAAUUACAACCCUUAAGAAAGAUGAACUUGAAAAUGCUAUUACAGAGCUUAUAACUAACAAAAAGUACAAAGAAAGGAUACUUUACAUCCGUAAUGUGAUUCAGGAUACACCGUACGAUCAGGUGGAGAAUCUCGCUUGGUGGACAGAGUACGUGAUACGAACGAAAGGCGCCCCUCAUCUUCGCAGUAGUCUAGCUUUUCAGCCUUGGUAUCAACGUUGCGAUAUGGACAUUGUAGUAUUCUUAACGAUCGUAAUUUUCUUGAUCGCUUCUACUACUUUUCAUUUAAUUGUCAAGAUUGUCGUCUACAUUCAUAAAAAAAUCAAAUCAACUGAAAAGCAAAAGAUAAGCUAAGUAUUUAUGACGCAAGUACUUAUAUCACAAUACAGUUCAAGUGACGAAAGUGUUUAGCAUCUCAUUUCAACGAAUGAAUCUUGUCUAGUUUCGUUAAGGAAAUGAUCAUUCCAUGUUUUAUAAUUGGCGAGUUAACCUCGUCACAAGACUAACGAUUCUAGCACGAAUAAUCUGUCAAAUACAAAAAAAGGUUGGAAUGAAAUUGAGAUUCCACUUAUAUAUCGUUAAUCUCUUGAUUGAAAUUUUUUGACGAAGCCAAUUUUACUCCAAAUUAAUAUCAAUCGAUGAUAACAUUGCUUUUCGCUCGGUGAAUGAGAUAGCGCAAGCAGAAAUUACAUUGAAACCAUAGGCAUAUCAAAGUAUGAAGUGUCAGAGUGUUGAUGUAUAUAUAUAUAUAUAUAUAUAUAUAUAGAUAUAUGUAUACAUCUGUCUGUUGCGUCCCUAAAUUUGUUUCAUUUGUUUUUUAAUUUAUUAUUUUUAAGUGUAAGGCGUCUUCUGUUAUCGGGAACGAAAACGAAGUACUUCAAAUUUUCUAUUACAAGGGAUCGAUCGGUAUUGCUGGCAAUA